AUGAGCCGCGUCUUCAGUCAGGCCGCGUCUUCAGUCAGGCCGCGUCUUCAGUCAGGCCGCGUCUUCAGUCAGGCCGCGUCUUCAGUCAGGCCGCGUCUUCAGUCAGACCGCGUCUUCAGUCAGACCGCGUCUUCAGUCAGACCGCGUCUUCAGUCAGACCGCGUCUUCAGUCAGACCGCGUCUUCAGUCAGGCCGCGUCUUCAGUCAGGCCGCGUCUUCAGUCAGGCCGCGUCUUCAGUCAGGCCGCGUCUUCAGUCAGGCCGCGUCUUCAGUCAGGCCGCGUCUUCAGUCAGGCCGCGUCUUCAGUCAGACCACGUCUUCAGUCAGACCACGUCUUCAGUCAGACCACUGACCUGA